AUGGCACCAGCUGAUGUAGAGGACACUGGGGCAGACAUUCCUGCAGACACAGGCGCGCAGGCUGCUGAGGAUGAGCAUGAGGGAUUUCCGGGUGCUCCAAGUGACCCAUCCGUGCUGACCCAGUAUGCGGAUCACGUUGCUUGCAGUGUAUGUACGGGAGAGGAGCGUCCUGAGUUGAAGUUAUCCUUUCAUGGGAGGAAGGUCCAUAGUUUAGGCAGGCCUGUCCCUGCCAUUGAGGGACUAAUUGCUAGGACAGGACUAAGUCCUCUGAUCGUGUGUUCGCCCUUGCACGUGGAUGAUGCGGUUCAGAUGCUGGUGGAGUUAUUGAUGGUCUCUGUAGAGGCUGCCAGGGCUGAGACAGGGCAGUGUCGUGGACCGUACGUACGCCUGCAAUUGCUGGAUUGCGACGAAGAAGACCAUGAAGAGCAUACGUACACAGGCGUACAGGGAGCGCCUAGACCGACUCUGGAUUCCAGAUGUCUGUUGGAUCCUGUAUGGGGAGCACCGACCGGUCCAGGACUUCCAUUUGAUUUCAUGCUAUUCCGGUCUCCUGCGCUGGGGGCUUGUUGCUGUUUAUUACCAACCAGAGAGGGUCGUGCGGCAGUUUGGAUACACACAGACCAUUCUUGCUUUGGUUGUCGAUUCAUGUAUGAUGAUAUACACGACAGGUGGAUGCACUACUCGAAUCAUAUCGUUCCAGUAGGUGAGGUGUGCACUGUGCCAGGUCAGUGUGCUAGUGACUACAUAGAUUGGUUCUUCCGCAUCUCGCAUCCUUUCAAGACACCAAGCCACACAUCAGAUCCUCCGCAGCCCCGAGUCAUCCCUCAGGCCCCACAGACAGAUAUCCCUCACGUGUCGGAGCCAGGAGCACCGUCGACAUCUGCGAGGCUCGCUGAGGAGCCUAGACAUGCAGUGAAAGUUUGCCAUGGGAUUGCUGAGAGGUUGGAGCGCCAUUUGAGCCUAGGGGUGGUCACACCAGGCUCAUCGACACAUGAGGUGAUCGAAGAAUGUCUCAGGAUGGCCAGGAGUGUCACACAAGACUAGCUAGUAUAUGUUAGGUCUCGACGCAGGCGGCGCACGGAUUAGGCUUAGUUUAUUUACAUAUUUUAUAUUGAUAUU